CUUCGCCUUUAUAUACAACCAAAACCCAUCCUUUAACCACCUCAUCCAAAUUCUAAAGCACUAAACAAAGCCUGAAAACCUUCAAGAUUCCAUGGGAUUGAAGCUUUCUUGCAUCCACCGAGGCAGCCUCUCGCGGCAGGUGCACCAGCAGGCCUCGCCGGCGCCGGCCAGGGUCAUCGCCGCCGACGGCUCGCUGAAGGAGCUCCCGGCCUCCUCCUCUUCCCGCGUCUCCGACGUGCUCGGCCACACCGGCGACGCGGCGCAAUCGCUCUUCGUGUGCAACUCCGACGCGCUCUACUUCAACGAACACCCGCCGGCGCUGGCCCCCGCCGACCUGCUCCGGCCGGGGCAGAUAUACUUCGUGCUCCCGGCGGCCAUGCUCGAGAAGCCCCUGUCGACGGCCGACAUGGCCGCGCUAGCCGUGCGCGCGAGCACGGCGCUGGCGUCCAGCACCAAGCGGCGGAGUCACGGACGGCGCCGUGCCCGUGGCAAGAAGAAGGCCGUGCGCGUCAUGCCGGUGCGCGAGGAGAUGGCACACGGCGGCGACGGCGAGGACGUGUUUUUCAACGAGAAGCUUAACCAGCAGACGCUGGGGGAGUUCGGUGUGUCGCUGAACCCCGCGAUGAGGGACGAGAAGAAGCUCGCCGCGGCGGCGGCGACGUCGCGGCUGAAGCGGGCGCUGAGCAUCAUCCAAGAAGAUGCCGAGUGAAGCAGAGGUGGUCUCGAUUUUCCUUUUUUUUUGUUCUUUCUAGAAAUCAUUCGUUUGUUAGACUAAGAUGUUGUAGGAAGAGCAUACAACAAGAACUAGUAUGGUCUGCAAACCCUGUACAUAAUUUUAGUGUAAAAACGGUUCGUUGAUUUUUUAUAUAUUUCUGGUGUAUAAUUUUCCAAAAUCUGUUCCCUACGACCGUGAGAGAGUGAAGAAUUUUCAUGGUCUGAAAAAAAAAA